AUGAUCAUUACAACAUGGAUUUUGUACAUUCUCGCCCGGAAAGGUAUAGGGCUCCCCUUCCCACCAAGGAUGAGUUCGGAUGUUGAAGUUGUGGAAAGUGAGGCUGUAUCGGUAGUAGAGCACUGGUUGAAAAAGACAGAAGAGGAGGCUUCCCAGGACAUAAAGGAGAAGAUGUCCACCAACUCUUCUCCUACUCAUGGCCAAGAUGUGCACGUGACCAGAGAUGUGGUGAAGCACCAACUUUCGAAGUCUGAUCUAUUAGCAAACCAGAGUCAAGAGGUACUGGAGGAGAGAACAAGGAUUCAGUUCAUAAGAUGGAGCCAUACCCGUGUCUUCCAAGUGCCAAGUGAGAUGAUGGAUGACGUCAUACAAGAUCGAAUAGAGCAAGUGAGACGAAGCAUUUCCCAUCUUAGGACCGACUCAUGUCAGGACACAAGUUUCCGAUCUUCCCUCUCAAACUGCUGA